ACAAUUUCCAAUCGGCGGCCGUUGGGCAACGGGAAGGCGGCGGCCCGAUUAUGGUGGAGUCGCGCGACAUUGGUUUACAAAAUGGCGGUGCGUUUGGCGGACCGCGCGCACCAAGGGUACCGUAAAAUGCGCGACGGCGGCUUUCAAGCUUUUCAGUUUUCGGGCUAAUCGUUGGUCAGCCGAGGUCGCGGAUAUCGACGGUCGGCAACUUUUUUCCCGCCGCCGGCCAGACGGAAAAUUGAAAUGUAAUUCGCUCUGUCGACCCGCGAGUCUCGACUGAUGACGAUUGACGAUAGAAAUUCGUUUCGUUUUUAAUAACUCGACAUUGAUACCGACCGUCGUCGAAAAUUCCCAGCGACGAUACGACAUGGCUUUUAAAUAAAUACUACCUAUGAUUAUUAUUUCGUCGUCGCCGAGGACGUGACUCGAUUCUAAACAUUUGACCCUACGGCCUAAUGCCAAUAAUGAUGACGAUGAUGAUUAUCGAAACAAAGGCCCUGUAGGUACGGUCUUCAAGCGCGGCACCGGCUCACCUUUGUAAUAGGCAUUUUUAAGUACCUAUACAAAAUACAAACUGGUAAGAUGUCUUCUGCUUUAGAAGAAAGGGAAGAACAGAGUUUAAAAUGUUUUAUAUGCAAUAUCAAAGUUACUACACGUUCGUCGUACAAUAUUUACUGUACAUUUAUGCCUCAAAGAGACAUUCUGCUAAUAGAUGUUAUGUCAAAAAUACUUAAAAAGGUUUUGAAUCCCUCUCUUAUGAGAAGCUCUGUAUUGUGUCGAAGGUGUUUUACACUUUUUGAUGAAUUGGAUCAGAUAUCUACACGUUUCAAAAAGCUUCAAACUGACAUAAUUAAACGUUACACUUCUACAUGCGUUGAAUAUAAAGACGCUACUGAUUUUAAUGUUGUUGAUAGUAUGGUUCAAACAAAAAUUGUUAAAAUUUCACAGAGUGAACUAGAAAAUGAUGAAACAUCCUUUAAUGAUUAUGAUGAAAAUAGCGAAAAAUCAUCCGUUGCUCUAAAUGAGAUUGUUGAGAAUAUCAUAAAUAGCAUACAAGCUGAUGAAACUAUGGACAACGAUGACAAUUCUAAAGAUUGUACUUCCGAUACUUCAGAAGAUAAAAGUCUACUUAUUGAUAAAAAUGAUACAGAACAUAUGGACACAGUAGACAUCAAGCACACAGUAGACAUUAAGCACACAGUAGACGUCAAGCACACAGCAGAACCAAUAUGUGAAACAAAAUCAAAGAAACCUUGUGUUGCCAGUGUUGGUAUUAAUUACAAAUGUGACAAUUGUGAUGUUUCUUUUGAACGAGCUUCUGAUUUAAAGAAUCAUUUUACCAUAGUUCACCAAAAUCCAAAACUUUUCGUUUGUUCAUCUUGUGAUAAAAGUUAUUCAACUAAACAAGCGUUAAACAAUCAUUUGUCCAAAGAGCAUAAGACUUUGGAUAAAGAGUCAAUUAAUGAUCAAGUUGAUUCAAUUUCUCAAACUAUUAAAACUGAAAAUGAAACCUCCCAAUGUGGUGAUACUGGUUCAAUCAUAGUCACUGAAGCUAAUGCUGAUUAUUCAAAUCAAUCUUCUCAAGGUGUGAUAAUUGAUGUGAAACCUGAUUUUUCUAUUGAUAAUAGCAUGUACUUGGAGGAAAUUGUACAGGAAGAAAUUGGAGAUGAUGAUUUUGAAUGGAAAGAAGAUCAACAAAUUAACUUUAUUGAAGAAAACAUCAUUGAAGAUAGUUUAAGUGCAGUUGACGAAGUUAGAGCUCCUUCAUCCGGAUCAGAAAAAUCUGAUAAUAAAUUAAAAAAAGGGCGGAACAAAAGGGGUAGUUCGCGUUCUGGUGAACGCGCGUGUUUACCGGCUAUACAUAGUUGUGUACUUUGUGACAAAAAAUGGAGGACAGUGACAGAGUUAAAAUCUCAUAUACAAUCACACAGUGGUUUGAGGCCUUAUGUUUGCGAGAUAUGUGGUCAAGCCUAUAAAAUGAAAAAAGCUUUAGAUGUGCACAUUGGAAUGCACAAUGGCAUACAUCCUUUUACUUGUGAAUACUGUAAUAAGUCUUUUACACAAAAAGUUGGUCUACAAAAACAUAUUCCCAUUCAUACUGGAUAUACACGGUUUCAAUGUGAUUUAUGUGGGAAGCGGUUUAUUCAUCAAAAAAGUUUUCACAUACAUACAAUGACACAUACAGGUGAAAAACAUGUUAAAUGUUCCGAAUGUGGUUUGGCUGUCUUAUCUCAAUCACAUCUUAAGCGGCAUUUAAGAGUUCACACUGGAGAGCGACCAUAUGCUUGUCCAAUAUGUGGGAAACGUUUUGCAGAAAAGUAUAACAUGAACGCGCAUGUGCAUAUCCACAAUAAUAAUGGAGGACUUGGGCCUAAAAGAAACAGAAAUCAUGUAUGUCCAUUGUGUGGUAUGAGUUAUGAUCGAAAACACAAACUUGAAUAUCAUUUAUCUUCAGCGCAUAACAAAAUCGAUAAUAAACCUUUUCUAGAUAUAGAAUUAGUGCAAGUACAACGACCAAAAAUUGAAUACUUUCAAGAAAAUUCUCAAGGUAACCAAAUCAUAACUGUGGAUAAAAAUGAUAUUGAUCACAAUAAUGGCACUGCAAUGAUAACAGUGAGUGGUGUCAAAGUUCCAAUAUCCUUAGAAGGUGCUCCACUUAUGGUUGCUACAAUGCCACCGCCAACUCAUCCUAUCAGCCUUGUAACACACAACAUACCAGCUGCAGGUUCUCUUCUCACUUACAGGCCAUCAAACACAAGUAAUAAUAAUGAUCAACAGUUGGCUGAUAGUUCACAGAACGCAUAUAUGUCACAAAAUCCUGUCACAAUAGAAUUGUCUUAAGAUAGUAAGUUUAUAGAUAUGAAGAAGGUGGAGGACUGCAACCUCAAAAAUCACUUAAGACCUCACUUAAAGAUUAUGCUAAUCCGUUAAACUUUAGAUCUAAUGUUUUAUACUGAUAUAGAAUUCUGGAUAAUAGUUUCAAGUAUCUGCUAAAUAUUCACAUUUCUUAAAAAAAAAAUGAUGUAAUUUACCUACGUCUAGUAAGUUAGUGUCUAUUGUUGUUUCAUGCACAAUCUUAUUCUUACUAUUAAUAAAUAAUGAUAUAAAGCAAUUAAUUUUUUAACAGUAUACAGAUGCGUGGAUCAAUUAAUAGUUGAUAUUACAAUUAAUUUGAUAGAAAUUCGCUCCACAACAUAGUUCCAUGAAUACUAUUGAACAUAUUAAAAAACUAUGAUGUUAUACAUUAGUUACUUAGUAAGAAAAAUAUGUUGGAUUUUGGGGAGACUGAUCAAUAAUAAAUAGAUAAAUAAUACCUACAGGCAUUAUUGGUAAUAACUACACUUUAUUAAAUUGUUACAAAUAUAAAACACACUUCAAUGUUAUAAACACAAUAGGAUGUUGUGACUUCAAUGUUACAAGUUCACAACGCAUGCUCUAUUUUCUCACUGACUGACUGCUCGCUACUACUCUUGUCUAUGCCCAUUGCUACACACACUUUAUGUACCAGGACGACAUCUACUGUUGUAGGAUUAAAACCCCACAUAUAUUUGUUGAAUCCUUACUUUUAAAAAAUAUUUUAGUAAGCAUAACAUUUUAAAAAUAUUAGUUUUGUGCUAUAGUAUUUUAAAUGAUUUUAACUGUAUUAUUUGUGUAAAAUAUAUCAUUACAUUUUUUUUAAAUAAUAGAGUAUCCAAAAGAAAAAAAACUCUUAAUGAUCAAAAAUGAAAGUUAUUAAACAAUUGUGACUUUUGACUAUUGAUUUAAGUUUGAAAUAUUUAAAUUACAGCUACGAAUUACUAGUUAUUAAAAAAUAUCAAAUUUCAUAAUGGGCUAUCAAAACCAUUAAUUUUUAGUUAUUGAAAACAAUUGUUUUAAGUAUAUGUAUUGUAAGCUUAAGUUGACAUCACAGUUUUCAUAUUUUAAAGUUAUUUUCUGUUUUUAAUAAUUUUCACUUUUUAUCUAUUGUUGAAACUUCCUUAAAAGUUUAUCGUAUUUUUUUAUUUUUGUGAUAUUUUUCAUAUAUUUACAUUUUGGGCAAAUUAAAAACCUUAUUUUUAUUCUAAUAUAAUUUAAUUUCUUCGUAUUAAUUAAAAUGUUGUAGUUCUACAUUUUAUUUUAAAAACCUAACCUUGACAAAUCUUAUUAUAUGAAGCUAAUCUUAUUACUAAAAUAUUAGAUAUUAGAAUAUAAUAUUUAAUUAACAGUUGAUAUGUUGUUAUAACUUAACAUAUCCUUUCCUUAGGUAUAAGUUGUUGAAAAAAGACAACAGUGUAUAGUUUACUAUUGUAUUAUAUCCUUUUUAAAAUGUGGCCAUUUAUGAUUUAUAUUGUAUUUCUAAUUAUUGAAAACAAAAAUGUUUGACUGAUUUUUUUAUAUAGACAGUAAGAUUAAUUCACUUUUUAUUUUAAUGUUCUGCAUUUUUACUAUAUAAUAUUGUAUAUUAUUAGUCAGGCGAUUUAUUUAUAAUAUGACUCAUUCAGCAUAGUUGAUUGUUGUAAUUUAGAAAGAAAGCAAAAUUUUUGUGACUUGAAGUAUUUAUAUUCAUACAAAAAAAAAAUGGAACAGCUCCAACAUAUUAAAAAUGUUAAUUCAAAAUAAUAUGAUUAAUGAUGAAGUCUGAUUAAAAAAAUCUCCUUUUUUGAUAAUAUAUAGUACUUAUUACUUAUCUUGUAAAUGUUGAUUAAGUGCCAUUGGGUAUUAAACAUGUAAUAACAUUAUAAUAUAAUAUAUUUUACAAUUUAUAUGUUCUUAUUUAUAUGUAAUAUGCUUUAUACAAUACCAAUUUUUUUUAAGCAAUAACUGAUUAUUUAUUUUAUAUUUACUGUUAGAUUAUUAUUGAAGAUUAUUUAUAAUAAAGUGAUUUUUUACUAGAA